CAUAGUGCUCCGUUGUUCAGCAACAGCCACGAUGGCGAUUCCAAUCGCUAUUUUGGAUUGUGACUUGUUGUUACAUGGACGGGGGCACAAAACUUUGGAUCGCUUUGACAUUGAAAGCGUGUCAGACGAAUUUCUGCUGACGACAUUCGGGUUUCCGCGAGAAUUCAUUUACUACUUGGUGGAGCUGUUACGGGACAGUUUGUUAAGGCGCACUCAGAGAUCCCGCGCGAUUAGUCCGGAUGUUCAGAUCCUUGCAGCAUUGGGAUUUUACACGUCGGGAUCUUUCCAGAGUAAGAUGGGAGACGCCAUUGGAAUCAGCCAGGCUUCUAUGAGUCGCUGUGUGACGAACGUCACUAAGGCUCUCAUUGAAAAAGCGUCCGAGUUCAUUGGCUUCACCAGAGAUGAGGCCACAAAACAACAGUCAAAAGAGGAGUUUUACAGGGUGGCUGGGAUCCCCAAUGUUAUCGGUGUAAUAGACUGUGCUCAUAUUGCCAUUAAGGCCCCAAACGCCGAGGACUUAUCUUAUGUCAAUAAAAAAGGCUUUCACUCCAUCAACUGUCAGCUUGUGUGUGAUGCCAGAGGCCUCUUGCUGAGUGCAGAGACGCACUGGCCUGGAAGUCUAACAGAUAAGGUGGUGUUUAAACAGUCGUCUGUUUGCAAACUGUUUGAAGACCAAGAGGAACACGAAGGCUGGUUGUUAGGAGACAGCCGAUAUCCUUUGAAGAAGUGGCUGAUGACACCCUUGCAGUACCCGGAAACCCCUGCCGACUACCGGUAUAACCAGGCGCACACUGCCACGCACGAGAUCGUGGACCGGACCUUCCGGGCCAUUCAGACCCGUUUCCGUUGCCUGGAUGGUGCGAAGGGGUACCUGCAGUACUCGCCCGAGAAGUGCUCCAACAUCAUUCAAGCCUGCUGUGUCCUGCACAACAUCUCGCUGCAGUCUGGUCUGGACGCCUGGACCUUUGAGCGGACGGAAGCGACAGACCAGUCGGAGGAAGGAGAUGACCUGCCAGACGCCGUGGACCCGGAGGCUGUGAGAGUCCGCCAGGAACUCAUCCUCAAUCACUUUAGUUAGAUCAGCAUGUGUCUUGACUCCUGUGGGUGUGGACCCACUCCAGAUGUUUUUGUUGUAAUCUCGCAU